AUGCGGUCUUGGGUCUGGUUGAGCCUCGUUGCCGUGGUCUCCGCCCGGAUCCUCCCGCUUGCCGCCUCGAGGCGGCGGCAGCAGGAUCCUCGCGAAGCGCUGCUCGCGGCGCGUGGCGGGGCCGGCAUCUUCAACUCGCGGCGGCGCAGCGACGAGGAGGAGAGCAGCUUACAGCGGAUCGUGCGAACGCGAUCGGGCUUCUACCCGGAGGUGCUGCAGGAGCUGGAGCCGCAGGUCAGCCAGCCGGGCCGCAACUCGACCUUUUGCGUGCAGCAGGUGCAGGGCACCGGCGACUGCCUCUUCCACUCGAUCGCCAUCAGCAUGGCGUACGACGACAACUGCACGCACGUCGACAUGCACGACCCGUGGCUGGACGGGCGCGUGCGCGAGCUGAGGCAGCUGGCGGUGGACACCCUCACCGCCGACCCGAACUGCUCGCUCCAUCUCGAGGGCGACCAGUCGAUUACGGCGAGCGAGCUGGUCGCGGCGGCCGCCGAGCAGUACAACAUGACUAGCGAGGACUACUGCUCGUCGAUGCGGCGCAAGGGUGUGUGGGGCGGCGGGCCGGAGAUCCUCGCGCUGGUCAACGCGAUGAAGCGGCCGAUCCACGUCUUUGAGCCGGUGGCCGCGUGCAACGGGACCGAGUUCCGGCUGCAGCUUUGCGGCGCGUUUGGCUCGCCAAAGUUCGACAAGUCCGGCAAGCGCGUGUGCAUCAUCGCCGCGGAUGACCGCUUCCCAAAGUGCAAGCCCGCCGACGUCAAGCGGCACGGCGAGGGCGGCAACCACUUCCUCGCGCUGAUCCCCACGCACGGGCGCGAGCUGCCGCCGUGCGAGUACUCCAAGCGCACGUCCGAGAGGAUGAGCGCGGCCUUCUCCUCGUACGUGGCAUGGGCCCGUGCGCCGCUUCAUCACGUCGCGCUGAUGAGGACUGGUCGGGCAGAACUCGUGCGCGUGGUCGAUGAUCUCGCCUUCUCGGUGGUGUCCGAGACGGCGUCGCUGCGAGUCGCGCGAGGGGGCGGCAUGAGCGAGGGCGGCAGCAUCUGCAGCCGCGCGCUCCCCUUGGUGACGGCAAAUCGCUUUUGCUUUCGCGGCUGCAGCUGCAGCGUCACGCGCACGCCAAAAUCAUUGGGCUUCCGCGACCCGGCUUUGCCGAUGGGCCUCGCAUUGAUGUUAGUAUGCGGCAUGCUCUCCAGGGUGAUAAAGCCUGGCUACGCGACCAUCGAGGUCGACCUGAAGCACGAGAAGGCCGCGGGCGACCGCGCGUCGGUGCAGGCGGCGGAGCGCUCGUACAUCGAGCGCACCGCGCCGAAGAAGAAGGAGCUCACCAAGGAGCAGCUCGCGGCAAAGGCCGCGUCACGCAAGGCCAAGAAGGCCCGGCAGAAGGCGCGCCGGGCGGCGGAGACGGCGAGCGCGCGGCCGCGAGCGAGGCCGAGCGCGCGGACUACCCGCACGCGCAGCUACGCGAGAACGUCGAGUUCGUGA